UGUAGUAUUCAAUUAUCAUUAAAUGGACGUGUAAUAUUUUGUGGUCUAGUGCUUUUCUUUUCUCAGCAAAAGGAAAAAAAAGAUUAGCUUUCACUCUUUCUUUAUAAUUAGCAAUUAUAGCUUAUAAUUAGCUCAGCUUGUUCAUUAAAAACUUGAAUAACCUGAAGGAGAAGAUGUGAUCCAUGACUGCACAUGUCUUUGUGUAUGUUAAACAGCUUUUCAGCUUAUCUGAUCCCUAAUCUUUUAUGCAUCCACCUACCUUUAAAUACUUACAGAGAUACUUCCCUGCAGAUAAACAAAGCAGUUUCUGGCCUAAAUGUUCCUUCCCAGGGAAAGCGAAAACAAAAAGAAAGCAUAAGUCAUAUUAGAAGAUUUCAUAAAAUAAAUGCAAAAAAUGAAAUACAUUCUUUCUGAAAAAUAUUACAACAGAAAAUAGCCAUGCAUAACCUGCAUCUGCAUGUUGAAAUAAAUGCCCUCGGGGUCUGUGUAAUACCAUGAAUGGAGACGCCAAAUGCUCAACAUUAGCAUGUCCACCUCAACAGAGCACUUAAAACACUGAAAGCUACAAGGCAGCCCUGCUUGAUAAAUAUAUUUCUAUAGAGUGCUGGGGAUGUUGAAGUGGGCAUUGGUGUUUUGCACUCGCCUGCCCACCAAAUGUUAAACCUUAAUCUGAGUCCAGUAUCAUUUGAUUUGAAGUCAACCUGGAUGGAUAUUCACAGUGUGAAUAUGAAUUUGUGAGAAAUUACAUGAAUUAGCUUAAUGGGCGCGUUGCAACCAUCAGUCAAAGAUGUUAACGUAAAUCAAAUCAUGUCCGGGUGACACAUUUGGGCACUGUGUUCUGUCAUUUUAACUGAUUUGCCUAAUGAAGGUGUUAUAAUUAAACAAAUCAUACACUGAAACGUCCUUUUUAUGGACUUGUACCUCUCCUUACAAAUUGCAGUACACCAGCUUAAUGAGGGUUCUGUAAUACACACAGAAUUUUCAACACCUUGGCUCUAAAUUUAGGAAAAAGCAGACAAUAUUCAUGUUACCAGCAGACAAAACACAGACUGAUGUGUUCUCCGUUUUUUUUUAGCUUUUACUGCAGAAAAAUAAGGUCAGCGUCCCCUAUGAAAAACUAUUCUUUCGUGUCAGUGAAAUGAAAGUUUACUGUUUCAGUUUCCUUUGCUGUUCAGCAUCAAGCUUUGACAUUGAGGUCUGGGCCAAACUUUGUAGGUCUGAUGUAUCUGUGAUGUUCUGCCUUAUGUUUUCUUUUUUAGCUGACAUGUUAUUUCAGGAUGAGGGAAUUUCAUUAGAUGAGAAGAGGCCUUGACAUUGCAGGGUGGUUAAAGGCACUGAGUCAAUCACAGAACCAUCGCUCAAUUCUGGACAGAGCAUGACAGAGAGACGGGCGGAGAGCCAAGGUCAAUACAAAUGUCUUGACAUGUCCAAGAAAGACCACCAGGAAAGCAGGACAGGUACGUUCUGUGGACAAAUUUGGGAUGGCUUGCUGUGCUGGAAUGAGACACCAGCUGGGACAUCUGUAACGCAAAACUGUCCAGAUCACCCUGACCUGGAUCCAGCUGAAAAAGUAACUAAAUAUUGCGAUGAAUUGGGCAACUGGGUCCAAACUGGGUCCACUUGUCAACCAGCUUUAAAGCACAGAUCAGAGAAGGAAACCAUCCAUUUCUUAAGGGAUGCAGCAGCAGAGCCAACCACAGAGGCCACAGGGAUUAGCACAGAAAAAGGCAGCGCUAUGGAGAUUAUGCUCGAGAAUAAAGAGAAAUGCUCAGAGAAAAUGAAGGAAGACCCACCUUACAACAAAUCAGGUGUGUACUGCAGUCGUAACUGGGAUGGCUGGCUGUGUUGGGAUGAUACUCCAGCAGGAACUUACACCUCCCAAAACUGCCCUGAAUAUUUUAUCGACUUUGACCCCACAGAAAAGGCAACUAAGUACUGUGGAGAGGAUGGUCAGUGGUUUCAUCAUCCAGAGACCAACAGGAUUUGGACCAACUACACACUCUGUGCAACCAGCCAUGAGAAGAGGCUGAGGAAACUCAAAAUGCUUGAGAAUGAAUACAAGUGCCUCAUGAAAAUAAAUCGAGAUGCACCUUUUAACAAAUCAGGUCUGUACUGCAGUCACAACUGGGAUGGCUGGCUAUGCUGGGAAGACACUCCAGCAGGAACCUACGCCUCCCAGAACUGCCCUGAUUAUUUUUCAAACUUCGACCCAACAGAAAAGGCAACCAAGUACUGUAGAAAAGACGGGCAGUGGUUUCACCAUCCAGAGACCAGCAAGACUUGGACCAACUACACACUCUGUGCUGUCAACGCGAAAGAGAAGUUGAAGGCAGCCACCCAGCUGUCGGGGGACACUGAGGUGGAGCCAGGUGAUGAGGCCACAGUCAGUCCUAUGGUUAACCCAGAGGAGCAGGAAAUUGUGAGGAAGAAAAUCCUUGACAGCCAGUACAAAUGCUUUGAGAAAAUGAAUCGAGAUCUACCUUACAACAAAACAGGUCUAUACUGCAGUCGUAACUGGGAUGGCUGGUUGUGCUGGGAUGACACUCCAGCAGGAACUUACACCUCUCAAAACUGCCCCAAUUAUUUUGUCGACUUCGACCCCACAGAAAAGGCCACAAAGUACUGUGGGGAGGAUGGGCAGUGGUUUCGCCACCCGGACACCAACAGGACUUGGUCCAACUACACACUCUGCAAUGAAAACACUAAGGCAAAGCUGAAGUCAGCAUACAUCCUCUUUUACAUGGCAAUUGUGGGCCAUGCUUUAUCUAUCGCCUCCCUGCUUAUCUCUCUGGCCAUCUUCUUCUACUUCAGGAGUCUGAGCUGCCAAAGGAUUACCCUCCACAAGAAUCUCUUCUGCUCCUAUGUGCUCAAUUCAGCCCUCACCAUUGUCUACCUCAUAGUAGUGGUCAAUAAUCCUGAUCUGGUGGGCAGAAACCCAGUUGGCUGUAAGGUGUUACACUUCUUUCACAUGUACAUGCUGGGCUGCAAUUAUUUCUGGAUGCUCUGUGAAGGCAUCUACCUGCACACGCUCAUUGUGGUGGCUGUGUUUGCAGAGGAGCAGCAUCUGCACUGGUACUACCUCCUUGGUUGGGGCUUUCCUCUAGUGCCUGCAUCCAUCCACGCUGUGGCAAGGAAAAAGUAUUUCGAUGACAACUGUUGGAUGAGUGUGGAAACCCAUCUGCUCUAUGCAGUCCAUGGUCCUAUAGUGGCAGCGCUUCUUGUGAACCUCUUUUUCUUACUAAAUAUUAUAAGAGUGCUGGUGACCAAGUUGAGAGACACACACCGGGCAGAGUCUAACAUGUACAUGAAGGCAGUGAGAGCCACCCUGAUCCUUGUGCCUCUGCUUGGAAUACAGUUUGUCAUUUUCCCCUGGAGGCCCGAGAACCGACUAGCUGGGGAAGUCUAUGAGUACAUCAUGCACAUACUCAUGCACUACCAGGGAUUGCUGGUGGCAACAAUCUUCUGCUUCUUUAAUGGAGAGGUGCAGGCAGCUCUGAAGAGACAGUGGAUGCAGUAUAAAACCCAGUGGGGUCAGAGACGAAAGGACCACUGCUCAAUGCGCUCCACGUCUUACACAGCCACCUCCAUCACAGAGGUGCCCGCCUUCAUGUACCACCACGACUGUAACAGCGAACACUUGAAUGGGCGCCAUGCAGAGGACUCUGAACUCGUGGCGCUAAAAUCUGGAGAGACGUAUGCGUGAGCCAGCAAAUCACGCCGAAGAUGGAGAGUUUAGCAGUGGGAAGAACCGAUGAAGAGGAACAGAGUGGAACAGAGAUGCACAGUGAGAAUCCGGUUUGCCCGCCACAUCUCAGUGAUUUAAUCUCAGAGGCUGGUUUGUACAGCCUAGAAUGAUAAUACGGGUCUGGAAAUAAAGAGCUCAUUGGGACAGAGACAGAUAAGCUUCGAAAAGCUAACAUUUUUUAUUUUGAUUGCUGUUGCGGCUGCUUUUUGAGCACUUUGAUGUCAAGAACUUGUGGCAUGAGAAAAGAGCUGCUUUUUGACAUGUGUCACUUCCUAAAGCUGCUAAACUGUGUGAGCGCACUCACAGUGAUGACGGCUCGUGCCUGGUGCAGAGACAGAAAUAACUGCGACUGUGGUGACAAAGAGGGUGUCAGCGUUUGCUGUUUUGAGAUGAAGCUGCUGAACGUGAUGGUGAAGGUGAUACUGGGUCCCGAGUGACACGAGGUACAGCUGAAUCCUGAUUUUAAUGGUGUCAUAAAGAUGAUGUUUAAGGUGAAGUAGAAGAACCAGUCCUUCCUAACCUCACCUAUACCAAAGGGUACUGUGUGUUGGUCUCGGUUUGAAGGGGUAUCCAGACACACACACACACACACACACACAUAUACACACACACAUGCUUCACAAACCUGAUCGUAUGUGCCAUGAAAGAGGUCAAUUUUCCAAAGAGCCUCUGUGCUUGAAGCUCUGGAAUUGUGUACAUAAUGUAUGUUCACCAUGUUUCAUAAAAAAGAAAAGUUCAGAUGUUUUAAAAGGAUAUUAUUUUUAUUUUCUAUUAAUAUGUUAUUCUUGCUGAUCCCUAUGUACGUGUUAAGUACGUGUCCUGUGAUGCUGCACUCCUGACUGCUUUGUUGUUUUGCAGUUGCUGUAUUUGUGCCGAUGCUGAACAUCACAGGGCUGAGAAGCAAAAAGAAACUAAAUGCACACCCAAAAAAGGAAAAGGAAAAAAUGAAUAAAGAACUUUAUUUUGAGGUUGGACAAA